UCAGCACGGGGGCGAAGCGUCUGACGGGCGCUUCCUCAACUUCGUCCUCGCCUCGGCUGCCGCCGCCUCCUCCUCCUCCUCCCCUUUGUCUUCCUCCUCCUCUCCCGCCCCCCACCGAAGGCGGCGGAGGCUCCGUGCCCCGGCAGGCCGGCCGGUCCCGCGGUGGAAGCGCGAUGGAGAAGGGGGCGGCGGCGGCGGGGGCGUCGAGCGGGGAGAGCGUUGGUCCCGCCAGGAGGCCUCCGCGGCCCGCGGGGCCCGGCGCCACCUUGCCAAGGCUGCCCAGCGAGGACAAUUUGGACAGCCCUUCAGGUUCCCAUGUUGAAUGGUGUAAACAGCUAAUAGCUGCUACACUUUCUAGUCAGAUUUCAGGCUCCGUGCAAGCGGAAAAUGUAUCCAGAGACUAUAAAGUUUUCAGGAGGCCUGAUUUAAGGGAGAUACAGGAAGGAUACAAUGGCUUUCAUUCUGAAGUUGAAGCUGAUCAGGCUCUGAGGGAUGGAAACAAGUUGGCGCAGAUGGAAGAAGCACCACUUUUUCCAGGAGAGUCGAUCAAAGCUAUCGUGAAAGAUGUCAUGUAUAUCUGUCCAUUUAUGGGAGCAGUUAGUGGAACACUGACAGUCACAGAUUUCAAGUUGUAUUUUAAAAAUGUAGAGAGGGAUCCACAUUUUGUCCUGGAUGUUCCCCUAGGAGUGAUAAGCAGAGUUGAGAAGAUUGGAGUGCAGAGCCAUGGGGACAACUCUUGUGGCUUAGAAAUUGUUUGUAAGGAUAUGAGAAGUUUGCGGCUUGCCUACAAACAGGAAGAACAGACAAAGUUGGAGAUAUUUGAAAACCUCAGUAAACAUGCAUUUCCUCUUUCUAAUGGGCAGGCAUUAUUUGCAUUCAGCUACAAAGAAAAGUUUCCAGUUAAUGGCUGGAAGGUUUUUGAUCCAAUUGCAGAAUUUAAAAGACAGGGUCUGCCAAACGAAAGUUGGAAAAUAUCCAAAAUAAAUAAUAACUAUGAGCUUUGCGAUACAUACCCUGCCGUCCUUGUUGUUCCAAUGAGUGUAAAAGAUGAUGACCUCUCGAAAGUAGCAGCAUUUAGAGCAAAAGGCAGAGUUCCUGUGUUGUCAUGGAUUCACCCCGAGAGCCAGGCGACAAUUACACGCUGUAGCCAACCAUCGGCUGGCCCGAAUGAAAAACGUUGCAAAGAGGAUGAAAAAUAUUUGCAGACAAUAAUGGAUGCUAAUGCUCAGUCACAUAAGCUCAUCAUUUUUGAUGCCCGACAAAAGAGUGUUGCUUUUACUAACAAGGCAAAAGAUGGUGGCUAUGAAAGUGAAAGUGCUUAUCCAAACGUUGAGAGAGUAUUCUUGGAAAUUCAUAAUAUUCAUGUUAUGAGAGAAUCAUUACGCAAAUUGAGAGAAAUUGUUUAUCCUGCCAUCAAAGAGCCAUUGUGGUUGUAUAGAGUGGAUGGAACACACUGGUUAGAAUACAUAAGGAUGCUGCUUGCUGGAGCUGUAAGAAUUGCUGAUAAAAUAGAAUCUGGCAAAACUUCCGUAGUAGUUCACUGCAGUGAUGGGUGGGAUCGUACAUCACAACUCACAUCCCUGGCUAUGCUAAUGUUGGAUGGCUAUUACCGGACCAUUAAAGGGUUUGAAGUUCUCAUAGAAAAGGAGUGGAUAAGCUUCGGUCAUAGGUUUGCAUUGCGCAUAGGUCAUGGAGAUGACAACCAUGCAGAUGCAGAUAGAUCUCCUAUAUUUCUUCAAUUUAUUGACUGUGUUUGGCAAAUGACAAAGCAGUUUCCUUCAGCAUUUGAGUUCAAUGAACUCUUCUUGAUUACUAUAUUGGAUCACCUUUAUAGUUGCCUUUUUGGGACUUUUUUGUGCAACUGUGAGCAGCAGCAACAGAAAGAGGGCAUAUAUACAAAGACUGUAUCUUUGUGGUCUUACAUCAACAGCCAACUCGAUGAAUUUAGUAAUCCUUUUUACGUGAACUAUGAAAACCAUGUCUUAUAUCCUGUUGCCAGUCUGAAUCAUUUGGAGUUGUGGGUAAACUACUACGUCCGUUGGAAUCCACAGAUGAGGCCUCAGAUGCCAAUCUAUCAGAACCUUAAGGAGCUACUUGCAAUCAGAACAGAACUUCAAAAGAGGGUGGAAGAUUUGCAACGCGAAGCUGCUGCGAGGUCCAUUUCAUCAUCGUCUGAUCGAGGCUCCUCACCUUCUCACUCCAUUACCCCAGUACACACCUCUGUUUGAUAUAUUCUAAAAAGCACAAACAAUUCUGUAAAAUAAGGUUAUCAGGAUAUGUCCUGUAGUUCUGAGAAUAUCCUUAAUAUGAGGUAAACAGAACCCCAGCCCAGUGGUGAAGGUGAUUUUUUUAAUAAUUGAUGUCAUAUCUAUGCCUUACAACUGUCUUUUUUCGUAAUGAGGCCAAAAUGUCCUUCAGUAAGUGAUAUUUUCAUAAAUUGGUAAUGUGUGUAUAUUUUGGCAGCUUUAGCAGAACCGCUUAUUGUAAAGUUAACUUCACUGUGAGCAACCAGAAGUUUUUGGUGAGAUCUUUAAAGGGAUUCUGUUGAACUGAUAAUGUGAAAUGGCAAUGUUUUGUUAUUUUUACACAGCUUGUGAAAAACCAGAAUGAAUGCAGUUGAUUUUUUUUUUAAAGAAAGAAUAUCAUGACAUUUAUUCCAAAGUUGAGUAUUACGUUAAAAAACAAAUGUCAUUUUGUAGUUAACUAUCAAAUGACGGCCAGGUAAGUGGCAUCUCAAGUUGGAGAAAAAACGAACUGAGUUAAAGUAUUAUUUAAUGGGGUCAUUUUGACAUUUUGGUUGUUAAUGCGCCCAAGUUAUGAAGUGGUAAUAAGGGGGACCCUGACUUGCAAAUGAUUGUAUAUACACAUUUGCAAGAUCUUUUUAAAAAUCAAAGCGUGGCAGUUUUUUUCAUGUGCCUUUUUAAGGUUUAAGAUUUUUAUGGUUAAGAAGAUCACUUUGUCGCUUCAGAGUCAAGUUGCUCAGUGUACCUUUGUUGAGGUAUCAACUAAAUCAUGCGCCCUAUGAUAUUUUCAGUCAAAUUUUAUGGUCGUUUUUUGGAAUGUGAGUUUGUGUAUGGUCUCAGUAUACUCUCCCCACUUCUUUGUUACAGGUUCACAAAUCCAGUACUGCUUAUUCAUAAAUGUUCGGUCCAGUUCAUGUUAAGUCUGAUUCUUCUAUUUCCUGAAUGGGUCCCUGGUUAUCCCUGCAGAAAGGACAUGGGCCCAGGAGUUAAGGGACUUGGGUUCGAAUCCCAGCCCUGCCACGUGCCUGCUGUGUGAUCUUGGACA